ACAGCCGCCUACACACUUGUCCAAAGGCCCUCCAAUAAAACACCCGGAACUAAAGAGACGGGAACAAUUGCAGGGGGCGCAUAUAAGAGUUGCACAGCGGAUAUAUCAGAUUUGUUUGCGACGAUCAUGGAUGACACUGGGACAAAGAAGAAACCUCGAAGUAGGAGCCCUCAUCCAUCACACCACAAGUCGGUGAAAAAGAAAUCUGCAUCAAGGCACAGGGGUGACAGCAGCAGUCCUUCACCUUCAAGAAGGCGGUCAACCCUCUCCAAAUACCAUCCCGAGGUUUUGAGGAAAGAAAGAAAGCGUGGAAAGAGGAAGUUGAGCAGAUCAUCUUCUUCUUCAUCCUCCUCCUCACCAGAAAGAAAGAAGAAGAAAAAUAAGGCUGCAAAAUCAUCAUCCUCCUCCUCAUCCUCUACUUCUUCAGAUAGCUCCAGCUCAUCAUCUUCCUCUUCAGAUGAAUCUAGUGACUGUUCUAAACACAAGAGACAUCACAAAAAGAAAAAGUACAAGAAGGGUAAAAAGAAAAAGAAGUUGAAAAAGAAAAGCAAAAAAGCCAAAAAGAAUAGCUUGUCUAAAGUGAAAGUUCAGGAGGCCAAGAGCAGAACAGAAGAACCUCAACAGGGACCAUCUUUAGAGUUGUCUCAGGAGUCUUCGGAAGAAAUUGGUCCAGUGUUAACUGAUGAGCAGAAGAGCCGUAUUCAAGCAAUGAAGCCAAUGACCAAGGAGGAGUGGGAGGCACGGCAGAGUGUUAUACGAAAAGUCGUGGAUCCUGAAACCGGUAGAAUGAGGCUAAUUAAAGGAGAUGGUGAAGUACUGGAAGAAAUUGUAAGCAGGGACAAGCACAGAGAGAUCAAUAAGCAAGCUACAGCCAAUGACGGACUGACUUUCCAAAUGAGGUCUGGGAUACUCUAUGACUAAUGGCUCAGAGAGUUUCUAUCCUCCGUCUUUGUGGUGAAGGCAAGCAGAUGUUCAGAUUCCCCUUACUGAACUACUGGGCUUGAUGUCACAAAUCCAUGGUGUUCUCAUGGAAAAGAAACAUUUUUUUUUGUUUUUUUGUGAUAGAAAUUAAUUGUUAGGGUUAUGUUAUACUGUACAGUAUAUAAAAAUAAACAGACGUGA